AUGGCUUAUGAUGAUGGAUCAACUUUUUGGAGUUUAAAUCUUCAUAAUGAGACGACUAAAACUAAUGAAUGUAAUCGAUUCAACUAUUCGAUUGGUCCAACAGAAGCAGUAUUAAUUGCAUUUCAUAUUGGUCGUAUCAUAUCUAUAGUUUGUAUAACGUUUGGUUCCCUCGGAAAUAUCACGCUUAUUUUUGCCAUUUGUCAUACAUCAUUUUAUCAUUUCCCAUAUGGCUUACUACUUUUAUUUAUUUCAACAUUUGAUAUAAUUCGUUUGAUUUCUACAGCCUUCUAUUAUCUAAUGCAAUCGAAUACAAUUCCAUUGAAAUUAUCAACUAUAACAAUUUACAUAACAUUAUCUCGUUAUUCAAAAAUUGUUACCAAUUGGUUGAAAGUAAUUUUAGCUGUUGAAAGACUUAUUGCUGUCAAAUAUUGGAUUGCACGCCGUUAUAAUGUCAAUUCAAACAAUUCAAAAAGAAUUCAUCGCUUGCGUCAACGAAAACUUUUAUUAUUAAUUCUUAUUUUACUUUUUUGUAGUUUAAUAAGCCAGCAUCCAAAUUUACUUCCAAAACGUUUUAUAUCAACAUGCAUUUGCCCAAGUCGUUUACUCGUUAUCAAUACACCGAACCCAUAUCUCUAUUAUCUUAACAAAGCAUUUAAUGAGUUUUUAUUUACUAUAAUUAGUUAUGUUAUUUUUGAUAAUGUUUUACCAAUAAUGAUAUUAAUUAUAUUUAAUACAAUUCUUCUUUAUGAAUUAAAACGUUUACCACCUACAACCAGUAAAAAAUUAGCCGAAUCAAUCUUAAUCCUUUUCUUUCUGACAAUAUUUUCCAUGUUAGUUCUGCCAAGAUCAGUUUUUGUUAUUUUUAAUCUAUAUACGAGCUCAAACAUUAUAAAGAAUAUAAUUCUUGCAGUUAUAUUUCAUAUAUUUCAAGGUCUCGAAUUGAUCAAUCAUGCAAUAACUGGUUAUGCUUGUUUUCUAAGUUGUUACAGUUUACGUAAAGAUUUAAUUCAAAAUAUCCGAAUGAUAGCUAAGAAAUUUCGACGGCAAAACAAUCGAUUGAAAUCAUAUACGAUCGAACUACCUACUAUAUCUCCAGAACGAUUGUAA